UAUUAAAAAAACAUAUCUUUUUGCUAUAUGGAAUUCUAGAAUUUUAGUUUUAGUAACGGUUAUUUUCAAUCCCUGGUUCUAAGCGAUUUUUCAAAUUAUCCGAUAAAAAAGCCAGACUAUCAUCACUUUUGAUUUAAUCGAUAAAUGUAAAUAAAAACCGGCGAAUUCUUAGUUGUUGGUGAUUUCUUCAAUAAAUUAAAUAAAAACAAAUAAAUAUUUAAUAAAAUGGCGCUGGUUGACUAUGGUGGGAGCAGCUCCUCCGCCUCUGAAAAUGAAGAUUCCCCUGAAAUCAAUGAGACUCCAACAUUGAGCAGCCUCAAAAGACCGGCCCUGCCCACAGCUGCCGCCCUGCUGGGCCCCAAGAAACCCAAGCCCGAGGAGUUCGUCGAGGAUGUGGUCGAUGAUCCCGCUCUGCAUGGCGGUCGCAUCCGUAGCUUCAAGCACGAGCGGGGAAACUGGGCCACCUAUGUGUAUGUGCCGGCAGCAGCCUGUGCCGAUCAGCUGGAGGAGUUCCAGGCCGAAGCCAUUGCCCACUUGAAGCCCCACGUGGAACUGCAGGCUAAUGAUUCACUGCAUCUCAGCCUGAGUCGAACGGUGGUGCUUCAGUACCAUCAGAUCGAUGAGUUCUCACGAUCUCUGCAAACAGCUCUCAACAGCUCCGUGGGAUUCACCGCCACCUUGCAAGGCCUGCGUAUCUACACAAAUGAGGAGCGAACCAGGACCUUCAUUGCCGCCCCCUUGGACCCUGCUUUUGUGGAGAAGAUGACUGCCAUCCUGCAGCCCAUCGACCAGGUGAUGCUCGACUACCGCUUGCAGCAGUUCUACAAUCCUGCCUCCUUCCAUGUCAGCCUGCUUUGGUGCCUGGGCGAUCAAGAGGCAGUGCUAAACGAGAAACUAAAAGAGCUGCAGGAGCUCCUCGAAGAUCAGGACACUCUGCCAAUGGCUGUCAACGAGGUGCACUUAAAAUGCGGCAACAAGGACUUUACUUACAGGCUAAAAUAGGCAGUGGAUGUGGGAUAAUAUUGUUCGAAUUUAAUAUGAUUCAGGAUUAUUUUUAAAUCAAAGGUUACAUUUAUACUCUUUGCAUGCUGUUCCUAUUUUUAAGGUUUAAAAACGUGUCUUUACUUGAGAAUGUAACCCCAUUUAUUCAUAUUUUUCUAUAAAGGAAAGGAGUACGCCAAAUAUAUUUGAAAAAAGUUAUAUUGUUAA